AACAACAACGAAUUUUCUCACCCAACACAGCCGCCCCUAAGGGAGGAGGAGGGGCGAAGAUGGGUUGAGAAGCUCCCUCCGGGGUGAGUUGAAAAGUCAAGUUAGCACCACUUGAGCUGCUUGGGAAAGGGGCAGGAUUACUAGAAGAACCAAAACCAACAAAUGAACUUACUGGAGCAGGAGGAGCAUCCAGAGACACAAAGGACAACAUCUCUGGUGUCGUCAAGGGUGGAAAGACAAACGGCUUGGCGGAAUCAACCGCUGGAUGAAGAUGCAGACAUCUUGACCCACCCCCAGGGGUUGACAGACCCUGAACCACCACAUAAUCUGCCGCUGAAGACAUCUCUGGCCGAAGAGAGCUCCCAUGGGCAAUCGGCGGACAUAGACAGCACUUCGCAUAGACAUUACCCGCUACAGGAUCCGACACAGGACCCGAACCCUUAGUGGCUUUCGUGUCAAAUGAUUCUAUGAGUUUGGGUUUCGGCAAGAGCCGGCCCAAACGAAAUUUUUUGCUCUUGAGGCCCAGACCAGACCCAGCAGACCGACCCAAAAGUUUCCCAACAACCCGGCCCAUAACUAAGUUGAAUCUGAAGAGCAGCUUGCUCCAUUUACGCAAGUUCAAACGAAAAUUAGACCCCCUAGCAGAGCCUGCCGAGCCUCGAGCAGAACAACCAGCAUCAACCUUCUUCAUACCCAACAGACACAGCGGCUUCACUUUAUGCUUCGGCUCAAGCGGAGGAAUCUCCAACACAGAGCAAUCCACCGCCGAUUUCAAAGCCUCACGAUCAGCAGACCUCACCGCCGGGAGGAUAUCAAGAGCACAAGGCUCCGCCAACGGAGCCCACAUUCUGGAAUGAAACGACAAUCAUAAGUUUGAGAAAAUAAUUAAGAGAAGGCAAGUGAAACGACCAAGCCGAGGGAAAGAUUCGAGAAGCACCGAGAAUCCUAUCAGGGAGUUCCAGUGAACUUCGUAGUACGAGAAACAUCUGAUUUAGUAAUUCAAGCGGUAUGGACUUUGAUGUGGGAACUAGUUUAGAAGUUGUAUCUCAGUACAAGAAAAGAAGGAUCCCUCAUAAGACUGAUUUUCAGUCAUGUAAGGUUUUGAGAGGGAUUGAAGUUAUCUUGCCUAAUUUAAGAUCGGCUGAUUAUUAUAUGAAACCCUGUUUGAAGGAGUUGGCUGCCCGGGAGCUUGUAGACCCUGGUUAUUGUAGCCGAGUUUUGGAUUUCACGAUUGGGAGGGUUGGUUAUGGAUCAGUCAAAUAUCUUGGGGAGACUGACAUUAGACAGUUAGAUUUAGAUGACAUUGUGAAGUUCCAUAGGCAUGAGGUAGUUGUGUAUGAAGAUGAAAAUGCCAAGCCGGUGGUUGGGCAGGGACUUAACAAGGCUGCUGAGGUGACUUUGGUCCUUCGAGUAAGAUCACUCGGUUUUGAAGAGGGGAAACUGGAGAUGAUUGGGGACACAUUAAGAAUGAGUGCAGAGAGACAAGGGGCUCACUUCAUUUCUUUCGACCCAGCAAAUGGUGAAUGGAAAUUCUUGGUUCAACAUUUCAGCAGAUUUGGAUUGAGUGAAGAUGAUGAAGAAGAUAUUGUGAUAGAUGAUGCAACUGUAGCUCAGAAUCCUGUGGGGGUGAAUGGCGGUGAGAUUUCUGAUAUUGAUGAAGAAGAACACGUGGGCCCCAAUGGUGUUUUGCUCUCUCAUUCUCUUCCAGCACAUCUUGGGCUUGACCCUGUAAGAAUGAGAGAAAUGAAAAUGUUGAUGUUUCCUGACGAGGAAGAGGAGGCAGAAGAUUUUAAGGAAAUACUGACAUGUCAGAAGCCAUCUUUUGGUAAAGAAUACAUAAGACCUUUACAUAACUCUACUCAGAGGAUGAGCCAUCGAUCUAGUCCACCAGUUGCUCGAAAAACCCCAUUAGCAUUGCUUGAGUACAACCAUGGUAGUUUUGACUCAAACUCUCCCGGAGCUAUUCUGAUGGCCCCACAAAAUAAGGGUAUGUUGCUGAAGCCAAUAAAACCUGAAGGUUCAGGUUUUAAACUGGACCUCAAGCAAGAAACACCAGUAACUGGAAGCCAUUCUCGCAACAUAGUGGAUGCAGGUUUGUUCAUGGGUAGGUCAUUUCGAGUAGGGUGGGGCCCAAAUGGGAUCCUUGUUCACACUGGUACGCCAGUAGGUAGUAACAAUUCUCAAAGAGUGUUAUCGUCUGUUAUCAAUUUAGAGAAGGUUGCUAUUGAUAGAGUUGUUAGAGAUGAAAAUAACAAAGUCAGAGAGGAACUUAUUGAGUUUGCUUUUGAUUCUCCUUUAAAUUUCCACAAUGAGAUAAAUCAUGAAACAAAAGAAGUUGAAGUUGGUUCCUUCAAACUGAGGCUUCUAAAACUUGUCUCAGAUCGCUUAAUGCUUUCAGAGAUUUGUAGGAGAUAUGGAGAUAUGCUGGAGAGGAGGUUGGAAGUUCCCGGGCUAACUUCCUCUACUCGUGUGGUUUUGUCUCAUCAAGUAAUGGUCUGGGAAUUGAUAAAAGUUCUUUUUUCCAAUCGGGAAAAUAGUUUGAAGUUGAAGUCCUUGGGUGCUGAUAACGAGGAAGACAUGAUGCAGGAUAUGAAGGAAGCUUCUUCUGAAGUUGACCUAGAAGCACUACCUCUUAUUCGAAGGGCAGAGUACAGCUUAUGGUUGCAAGAGACUGUUUGCCCUCGUGUACAAGAUACAAUAAGCUCCUUGAAUGAGUCCAAUUACCUAGAACAUGUAUUCUUACUCUUGACUGGGCGGCAGCUUGAUGCAGCUGUGGAGCUGGCUGCUUCUAAAGGAGAUGUGAGACUGGCUUGUUUAUUAAGUCAGGCUGGUGGUUCCAUGGUUAAUCGUGCUGAUGUUUUGCGGCAGCUUGAUCUUUGGAGAAUCAAUAAGCUGGAUUUCAGUUUCAUUGAGAAGGACCGGUUAAGACUUUAUGAAUUGCUUUCUGGUAAUAUUCAUGGUGCUUUGCAUGAUGUGAAUAUUGAUUGGAAGAGGUUUCUAGGGUUAUUGAUGUGGUAUCAACUACCACCUGACACUUCAUUGCCUGUUGUUUUCCAUGCUUAUCAACAUCUUCUUGUUGACGGAAAGGCUCCAUAUCCUGUUCCAGUGUAUAUUGAUGAAGGACCAGUGGAAGAGGUUGUUAAAUGGGGUACAGAGGAACGUUUUGACUUCUCAUAUUAUCUUAUGCUUCUUCAUGCCAGUGAAGAGGGCGAUUUUGGCUAUUUGAAGACAAUGUUCACUGCCUUAUCUUCAACAAAUGAUCCACUUGAUUACCAUAUGAUCUGGCAUCAGCGUGCAGUAUUGGAAGCAAUUGGUGCUAUAACUUCUAAUGAUCUUCAUGUUCUUGACAUGGGACUUGUCUCGCAGCUGUUGUGUCUGGGGAAAUGUCAUUGGGCCAUCUAUGUGAUCCUUCAUAUGCCCUACUGUGAAGAUUUUCCAUAUCUGCAUGUGAAUCUCAUUCGGGAAAUAUUGUUCCAGUACUGUGAAUUGUGGAGUUCAGAAGAAUCACAAACCCAGUUUAUUGAGAACUUGGGUGUCCCAGCUGCGUGGCUUCAUGAGGCUAUGGCAGUUUACUUUAGUUACUAUGGGGAUUUCUCAAAGGCACUUGAACACUUUCUUCAAUGUGCACAUUGGCAAAAAGCUCAUACUAUUUUCAUAACAUCGGUUGCUCAUAAAUUGUUCUUGGCAGCCAAACACUCGGAGAUAUGGAGGCUUGCUACUUCUAUGGAGGACCAAAAGUCAGAAAUUGAAAAUUGGGACCUGGGAGCUGGAAUUUAUAUUUCAUUCUAUCUAUUGAGAAGUUCAUUGCAGGAAGAUAACAAUACUAUGAGUGAACUGGAUUCUUUUGUGAGCAAAAAUGCUGCUUGUAGAGAGUUUCUUGGCCGGUUACAUGAGUCUUUGACAGUUUUGAGUGGCAGAUUACAAGUUGAUGCAAGAGUAGCUUAUUCAAAAAUGGCGGAGGAGAUAUGCGGUUUGCUUCUUUCUGACAUUGAAGGCUCAACAUGUGAUGGUCAGCUAAGCUGCUUUGACACUGUUUCUAGUGCUCCUAUUCCUGAAGACCUUCGCUCAAGUUAUUUGCAGGGUGCAGUGUCUGUUUUUACGUGCUUUCUUUCAGAGGUGGCUACAUAGUUUCUACAUCUUUAACGGCAUAUCGAAUACUCAUGGUCUUUGUGUGUUGUGAAGUUGAGGGUCUUUUGUUGUAAACUUGCUUCUUUACAUCCCCUAGCCCGUUGUAUUGCUCAGGGCAAAAUGAUCAAAAUAACUUCAUUCUACGAGAUAUUCUGCAGUUUUCUUGGUAAAAAAAACCCAACAAGUAAA